UUCACGUAUACCUUUAGCAGUGCGACUUUUUGUCCUUCUGGAAACUCGUUAUUAGUGAUAUUGCGACAUAUCAGUGAAAGCGGAUGACUGAGCCAAAAGAAAAAAAAGAUGAAGCAAAUAUUCAUGGUCAGGUACUGACGUCAGUAUGUUGCGUAUAUAAUGCGUUUUUUACCGGCACGUGUUUAGAAAAGUUCCCAGCCGGCUUUUGCUACCUAGAAAAUAUCUGAUUUGGGGAGUUAAUACUAUCGAGGAAAUACUGCAUUACAGUGGAAAAGACACAGAGUGCUUUAAGGCCAUCAUAGUCAAGCGCCAUCAUAGUCAAGCGCAUCGUUCACAAUGCUUACGUAUUUUGUGCUCGCAAUUUUUGUUUGCUUAUCGACUUCAGAUGCUCAAGAUAAAGAAGUUACGAUACCGAAAGAUAAGGAACAAUGUCUAAACCAAAUGAUACAGUGGUGCAAUAAUAUGAAAUAUCCCCAAGAUGGGGCUGGAAUGACUAUGUUGGCAAUAACCUUUGAAGAUCCGUCUGGCUAUUACCGCGUUUUCUGCGCAUCAGAUUCCGAUGGUACUAACUGUACAAAAAAUGGAUCGCCAUGGUUUGCCUGCUCACCUGACAAUCAGUUUUUAUACCAGGGAAAAGUGUUCACAGAAAGUUCGACGGACGUUGAUGAUGGCAUCUGCAGCACAGCGGAUAAAGCUUUCAAUGAUCUCUUUGUUCAAAAUUUAUCAUUCGACAAUACUACGUUAAAAACGGAAAUCCAGAAAGGACUAGAGACUUUUUUUGAGCAAAUCGAUGAGAUGCGUGAGCAGAUUAAAGCUCUCCAAGAACAAAUGUCGAAGAAUCCGUUCUUAACUAGCGAUUUCUGGAAUGUAUUUGGCAGCGGUUUUCCCUUCGGUAGACCGGACACAACAAAUAGUCCUAUAGUAUCUGAUCAAAGCAGUACACAAGAUAAAAAUGAACUGGAAAAGGAAUAAAACUUUUUAUUGACUUGACUGACAUAAAAAUAACUUUUUAUUAAAUGUAAACAAAACAAUGAGUGAUGGUAAAUCUGUAAAAAUCAACAUUUUCCCUAUGAGUCAAGAAUGUACAGUUUCAAACUGAUAUCACCGUUGUCCACAACAUGGUAAACAGGUUAGUAUUUCCUUUUUAUGAAGAAGAAUGUAAAUGGAUACGAUUUUGCAAUCAUAUUAAACAGAAGAUUCAGUAGUUGGUAUCAGUCAGGUACCUUCCAAAAAAAGCAUUAAUUUCUUCUUUACAUCCAAACGCUGCAGCUAAAACAGAAGAGGGGAAUAAUAUACUUGUAUAUGGUAUAUAUGGAAACAUGUAUAAACAGUGCUAACAAUUCCAGUUAAUACAUGUAUAAAAAUAGAUAUUAUUAAAAUAAGCUUAUUUUUUAGUAAUGUUAGCAUAUGAUGCACUGCUAAGUAUUGUAAUAGGUAAAAAUAUAACAUAAAAGCUUUCAUUUUCUGUCUAUAAUAAACUAAUGCAAUUACAUAA